CGCUCCUGCUGAGGAAGUCAAAACCCCCACCUCGGAAAAAAUGCCGAUCCCCUCUGUGGUCAUUGAGCCCGCCUCGAGUAACGAAGGGGAUGAUGACCGUGAUGCAGACAUAAUUUCUCCCACCGCCAUCGGGGACAGCGACAUGACGGCAGAGACCCAGACCAUUAAACACAUGAGUCCGUCCGGCGGCGUGUCGGGGCUCCCGGACGACUUCCUCUAUAAGGUGGAGACCAUGCACGACUUUGAAGCUGCAAAUUCAGACGAGCUGGAGCUGAAGAGAGGUGAUGUGGUGCUGGUGGUUCCCACCGCUUCAGUAGAGGAUCAGGAUGCCGGCUGGCUCACUGGGAUCAGAGAAAGUGACUGGUUAACACUUGGUGCCAGUGCUCACAAAGGACUUUUCCCAGAAAACUUUAUUCAGCGCUUGGAGUAAAGUAUUUCAGCUGGGUAAAAUACGAGGUUUGAAACACCGGUGGCCAAGCCGUCCAGUCAGCAUGUAGCCAACCCCGAAACCCCCGAUAACCUGCUGCAGACGUCUGCUGGACCACACAAGGCUUUCUUUGGUUAAUGAAGCUCUACUUAAACUUAAAUCCUUGUUAUUAAAAGUAGCAUUAUUCCCAGCAAAGUGAAAUUAAUAAGCAUGAUAUCAUAGUAUGAUCAACCUUUCUCUGAGACUGAGAUGUUUUUUGAUUUUGAAUGAAAUAAGUUGUUUUAAUUUAUUGGGAAUGAUGCAAUUCUUAAAUGUUCAUGCCAACAGAAGGAAAGUAGUUUGAACUAAAUAGACAAACCUGCCCCUUCUUGACAACGAGUGUGUUGUACUGGUUCUGUUGCUGUGUGAUCUAUUGAACUGUUCUGUAACAUGAAAGUCUUUAGCGUGUUGUUUCUCUUCAACACGUCAUCACUGUUAUCACUCUGUGUGUGUUUCUGUAAAACAUGGCCAAGCUUUCAUUUGGCAUAUGUUGUGAUAAGUUUAGCGAUGAUGAGUGUUGUGUUUAGUCCAAAAGAGUGUGACAUUUAUUAUCUGAGCAUUGGCAAACAACCAGUGCAAAUCCAGCAUUAAAAUGUAAUAUUUUACAGUUAGUAUUGUACGAUAGAAAUAUUAUAGAAAAUAGACAGACCAUAAAAUCGAAGAGUUCAUGUAAAUCCAAAUGUAGAGCUAUAAGUCAUAUGUAUAUUGAAAAUUAUAGAAUAGUAAGAAAGAAAUCCAACAGAAGCUUUUUAUUGGUCUACGAUCACAGGGAAUCUAUUAACAAAUGUAUUAUGCAAUCUAUGUUGUUGGUAUAUUCCAACGGUUCUGUAGAUCAACAAAUAUGAUGUCACUUCCUUUUUAAACGUCUACCAUUUUGUGAUGUACAUACAGUAAAUAUUUAUGUCAAGAUCAAUAAAUAAAAGUUCAUAAGGUCCA